AUGGAUGAGCAAACCAACGAUCAGGUUCAAACAGUUCGUCAAGACAUUGAAGGAUUGAAAGAUCAAUUGGCAAAGAUCUUAGAACUGCUCACUACUGGAAGAGGAAAGAGUGUUGCGGGGAUUUCAUCACAAGUGGAAGUAGAUCUGAAACAGGUGCUAGAAGAUAUGCCUGCAUACCCUCUAGGUUUUACUCGGCAAAGGUCGUCUAGUCCUCGCAUGACUUAUCCUACACAAAAUCCUAAUCCGAUCACCCAACAGGAAAACCAUGUGAGCAAUCCAAUGUCUACUCCAAUUACAGAAAGUUGUAAGAAAAUUUUAGAAGAGCAGGGUAGUAGAAAAAGACUGAAAUUUCUAGAAGAAAGAUUACGUGCCAUUGAAGGUGCAGACAUGUAUGGGAGUAUCGACGCAACACAACUAUGUUUGAUAUCAGAUGUGGUGAUCCCUCCCAAAUUCAAGACUCCAGAUUUUGAGAAGUACAAUGGAACCACGUGCCCAAAAAGUCAUCUAAUUAUGUACUGUCGAAAAAUGUCAGCUUACGCUUAUGAUGAUAAAUUGUUGAUUCAUUGCUUCCAAGACAGCUUAGUCGGCCCCACUUCUCGCUGGUACAUGCAAUUGGAUGGUUCACAAGUGCAUAGGUGGAAGGAUCUUGCUGAUUCUUUUUUAAAACAAUAUAAGUACAAUAUUGAUAUGGCACCCGAUCGUCUGGAUCUUCAGAGAAUGGAAAAAAGAAUGUUGAAACUUUUAAGGAAUAUGCACAGCGAUGGAGAGAGUUAG